AUGACGUGGUCACAGGGCUUCAAUAAACAGAUUUUGAAAAUAACUUACAAGAAGUUGGAAGGAGCAUCAUUAUGUAGCGCGUGUGGAUGUGGGGCAAUUGUGUUGGCGAGUUCAUAUGCAUGCGACGCAAUUACAGUUGGAAUAGUACCGGUCUUCGCAUCAUCAACGAUCCACAUCCACGUUCACACACAUUUCGCACUUCACAGACUCAACAAACUUUUCGCACUCUACCAUGAACUAUACAUGGAUCACGUUUCACGUUAA